AUGCCUCUCACUCGGUCCUCCGAUCCCCUGGUAUGGAUCGACUGCGAAAUGACGGGUCUGGACCCCGAGACGGAUCAGAUCCUGCAGAUCUGCUGUUUCGUCACCGACGCACAGAUGAACCUGCUGGACGAGACCGGUUUUGAAGUGAUCAUCCACCAACCGGCGAGCGUCCUGGCCAACAUGAACGCCUGGUGCGUUGACACGCACGGGCGCAGCGGACUGACGGCUGCGGUGCAGGCGUCCACGACGACGGCCGAGACGGCGGCGGCCGAGCUGUUGCAGUACAUCCAGCGAUACGUGCCGGAACCUCGUCGCGGGGUGCUGGCGGGCAACAGCGUGCAUGCCGACAAGGCGUUCCUCACCCGGGGCCCGUAUGCGCGGGUGAUGGAGUGGCUGCAUUAUCGCAUCCUGGAUGUCAGUGCCAUCAAGGAGGCGGCGCGGCGAUGGGGGUCGGAGGAGUUAUUGGCGACGGUGCCGGCGAAGAAGGAGGUGCAUUUGGCACGGGAGGAUAUUUUGGAGAGUAUUGCGGAAAUGCAGUUCUACCGGGCGAGAUUGUUCUAG